GCCCGGCCCCGGUCGCAGCCCCACCCCGGCCGGGCCAUCCCACACGCCUGCCCCGACCUGUCGGGGUCGGCCCGGCGCGCGGCGAGGCCCGUGCCCGAGACGGCCGGACGAGGGGACGGCCGCGGCGCGAUGCUUUCUUUACCUGUCGAAAGAAUGUGCUUCUGGCGAAGAGCACGUCCACCCAGAUAGAAGGCAUCUUUGCUGCAACCAGAGGAAAGUUGGUCCAAGAAGAGCAAGAAGCCCUGCUCCAGCAGUGGCUGGAGGAAGGAGCGGGGAGUUCAUCAGCCAGUGAGAGUGCUCCAGUAGUGGGAAACGUAUCGGCUGCAUCCACCAGCACCUGGUUAGAAGGUUCAGAGCUAUUGAUGAGUAGCCUUAGUGACCUGAAUUCAGCUCCAGAAGUCGUGUGGUGUGCCAAUCAGCAGCUCACAGAGCUGUGUGCCUUGACUUCUUCAGAACUGCAAGAUCAUGCAGAGACUAAACUGGAAAAAUUACCAGCAGAGGAAACAGUGGCUGUAGUAGGCAGUGCACCUUGGGCAGCUCUGGUGCCACACGCGGAUCCCCAGAUAGCUGGCUGUGCCACUAUCAGUGUAGAAGGGCUGAAUGAAGACCCGGCGGUGCUGGCGUGGAGUUUAACAGGUGGCACAGAGAUGGUGCCAACGGAGCUCCCUGCCUGGCCUGCUCAGGAUGCUGUGCAAUUCUGUCCUCUCCCAGCAGAAGUACCCUACCAUGAGAUUUUAUGGAGAGACUGGGAGGAUCUUUCUGUCCAGCCUUGUGAGCUAGAAUUGGGCUCAAAAAAAAAUCCUAUCUUUGAAUUUCGUGUCAUGUCUUACAACAUCCUUGCCCAGGACCUGGUGGAACAGGGCCAUGCUCUUUACCUGCACUGUCAUCCAGACAUCCUGAACUGGGACUACCGCCUUCCAAAUAUUUUGCAGGAGAUCCAACAUUGGGAUCCUGAUGUUCUGUGUCUACAGGAGGUGCAAGAGAACCAUUACAGGGAGCAGCUAGAACCAGCGUUCGUGAAGAUGGGCUUUGCUUGCUUCUAUAAACGGAGAACUGGGAGAAAGACUGAUGGCUGCGCAGUGUGCUACAAGCAAAGCAGAUUCCAGCUAAUCACUGUCAGCCCCAUCGAGUAUUUCCGGCCUGGCCUGGAUGUCCUCAAUCGGGAUAAUGUGGGUUUGGUGCUUCUGCUGCAGCCCCUGCUCCCAGAGGGUCUUGAUCUGAAGGCAGUCAGUCCUUUGUGUGUCGCCAACACACACGUGUUGUUCAAUCCCCGGCGGGGAGAUAUCAAACUUGCCCAGAUGGCCUUGCUCCUAGCAGAGAUUGACAAGAUUGCAAAAACUGCUGAAGGUCAGUACUAUCCUGUCAUCCUGUGUGGCGACCUGAACUCUGUACCUGACUCACCGCUUUACAAAUUCAUCCGGAAUGGUCAACUUUCCUACCAGGGAAUGCCAGCCUGGAAGGUGUCUGGUCAGGAAGACCUUUCCCAACAGCUGCAUUCUCGGAAACUGCUGUCCCCGCUGUGGCCGAGCUCACUGGGUGUAACAGACAACUGCCAGUAUGUUACUGUGUGCCAGCCAAAGAAACAGGGCAGACGUAAGUACAGCCGAGACUUCCUGCUCCAGUUCCAUUUUUGUGAUGUUGCUUGUGAACGACCACCAGAGCUGGUCUUCUUGGAAGGUGUGACAGAUGCUAAACCAGACCCCCCUCCAUACUGGCCCAAGAACACUGCUCCAGUGAAUGACCCUGAUCUCCAGAUGUUCAUCCCAAGGUCUGCAGGUGUUAUCCGGCACGGCCUCAACCUGACCUCUGUCUACAGCCAUUUCCUGCCACAGAGGGGACGCCCGGAGGUCACAACUAUGCCCAUGGGGCUUGGUGCCACUGUUGAUUAUAUCUUCUACUCAGCAGAGCCUGUGAUGAAUGGAAACAGAGGAGGUCGCAGGCUGUACAGAGAUGGAGUCCUAAAGCUGCUUGGCCGCCUUUCCCUUCUCUCUGAAGACAUCCUGUUGCUGGCAAAUGGCUUACCAAAUCCAUUUUGUUCAUCUGAUCAUCUCUGCUUGCUGGCUAGCUUUGGCUUGGAGAUCUCCAGCCUCGGAGAGGGUUAGUGUUGGUUCCCUUUGCCUAAAGAAAAUAUAUUCUGAAUAUAGCUGUUUCAGACUCUGGAGUUACAACCAGCUUGCAAGAAAACUCUUUUAUUUGACAUGCCCAAAGAGUCCCUUUCUGCCCUCAUGCCCUCACAAAAAUACGGAUGAGUCAGUUGGAGCCCUUUCUGUUGGUAUUUUGUGGGUCUCUGCAAAUCUGUGUUUCUGCACAGUUGUGUUCAGACAUUGUCAUCUCCUAAAGGGAUCCUUGUUCCACAGCUUAAUUUAGCAAAUGUUUUAGUGCUGCAGGAACCAACCUUGCUCCCAUGUUUGUUCCUUGGUAAGGUCUUCAAGGACCUGGGAAAUACAGAUGGAUUGCUGUCUGCUUCUGGCUACCAAGCAGCAGGGCAUAUGUACACCAACAUUCUUUCGCACCAAAACAAUGUUUCUUUUAAUUUCUGAAUGAUAGUAUAUGAAGCAUGGUCUUUAGGAAUGUGAUGCUUCUUUUGAGAGUGGAUCUGCUAACUGCUUAGAAAUAGGUUUUUCUUAAUAAUGGUAAGGGCUGUAUUGCUGGCAGUAGAGCUUGUGUAGUUGAGUAAUUUCAACAAGGUCAUCCCAGUGAAUGUCAGGUGAAGAAAAACAAGGUAAAGCAUGACAACUCCAGAGGCUGUAUCUCUGGAGGCUCUCAAAAGAGAGAUAAAAAUUGAGAAUGUGUUAGAGGAAGCAGAAACAUCAAACGAGACAGUUGAACGUAUUGUAAAUGCCCCUACCUUCCUCUGUGUCUUCUAAAUUCCGUUUUACCUCUCAGGGGACAGAGAGCCAACUGGUGGCAGCCUGCUGGGCAGGCUAUGGGCUUUCUGGAGCUAGCCAUGCUUAGGUAGGUAGGACCCAUUGGACUGGCUCUUGUCUCUGAACAGAUGCUGUUUCCUUGGAGGCAGGAUUGUCAGUCUCUUGGUAUCAUCUUAAUGUAGUUUUCUCAGCUUGUACAGUACAAAAAAACCCAAAACUGUACCUGGUCAUGAGGCAGAUUGCCUUGUUUAGUCUGAUUUUUGGUGCUCAGUUUUGCUGUGAGUGAGGAAAGCAAUAUGGGACAAAUAUUUCUAACCUUCUGUUCGCAAAUGAGGCGCAGAAGUCUUGUCCUGCCUCAGGAUUUUUGAGAGGGUAUGAAUAGACUUGAAAUAUCAUUUGCUCUUUCUGUGUUAUACUGGGGGAUUUUCAUAUUCUAAAUGUUACUUUCUUUAUUGAAAAAUAAAUUUUUUCUAAUUUAAUGAAAAAUGCAAAGUAACUGCAGCACCUUGUGCUUCUGGCAGCUGAACCCUUAGAGGAGUUGCUCAGCAAGGCUUUGCUGGCUGGGAUGUGAAAGAGGAGAAUGUGGGUUAGCUACACAAAAUAGUAGUAAUGAAAAUAAAGGGCAGGGGUAAGUGUGUCUAGCUGUUGUCUCCCAUCAUAUCCUCACAUCCCAGAGGUCUAUUUGGCAUCAGGGUUUAUCUUGCAGAAUGGUUUCGGGAACCAUUCCCCUCUUUCCAAGAAAGCAAAUACUGUUGAUCCUUUAGAGCUUAUUUCUGUGAACUGUACAAAAGAUGUGGGCCGUGUGCUCUGUUCUGUUCCCAUACAAUUCUUAAGAACUCUGCAUCCCCUUCUUGCCCCUGCUGCAUGGUUUGUAUUUGCCUGGUGAUGUGUGGAUGGCUUUUGCUACCCCAGCUUGGAUUCUACAUAUAAGAGUCUGCACAGUGAACAGGAAUCUGGAGGUAAAUAAGUCUGCAGCUUUGAUCAUCAGAAAUUUCAGAGUUAAUGGUUCUGGUGUGGUGCUGGUGUUUGUAAUUGGGGAGGGAUGCUGAGCUGUGUAUUUUUGUGGAUGUUUUUUCUGAGAGUUGCUUCAAUUUCUUCAAGUACUCUCUGAUUUUAUAAUUGGUUUUAUUUGUGCAAGGGGAAGAGAAAACAGAAAUCUGUGCAACUGAGAGCUUUAUUUUUCUGCCAGGCUGUUUGUAUGUUGCCAGAUAGCAGUCUGGUUGCAGAUGACUCCCACCAGCUGGUAACCUUGUGAAGGAAAACUUGAGACAUUGAAUGUUUAAAAACAUCCGGCCCAAAGCAAAACAAAAAACACUGUGACAGGUAGGGCUGUCACUUAACACUGUGACUGUUGGCUUUGGUUGUAACUGCUGGCCCAGUCCGAUAGCCUGUUAGUGAUAGGUGUGUGUGUGUGUGUGUGUGUGUCAAAGUCCUCCUGACCCUCUGCCGCUUUCCACUCAGACCCAAGAGAUGUGCACAGUUCCCUGUCAGGUGAGCUGGUUGCCCAAGCACCUUGACACUCCUGUGAUGUAGCUGAGUUUCAACAUCACAGAUACUUCUUCUAUUUCAUUCAAACCAAAGACUUGACUUUUCUUUUGGGUAACUUGCAUUAACACAGCUCUCAGGGAGGCUUUAAGUUCCAGCUGUUUUGCUGGAAAAUUGGUUUCACAGGUCAGUCUAACACUUUGUUUUUCAGUAUAUGUGAAAUUGUAUGGUAUGGACUCGAAAUAAUUAAUUUGCUAAACACUGUGGAUAUGGAGUCAAGUGCUUAGAAACCCUGGGACGAUGCCCAAAAAUCUCCUGCUUCUCUCUGAAGGUUGGAAGGCCACCAGUAUCCUGCAUCUCGCAAAGCCUUGGCUCACACAUUUUCUUGGGCAUUCAUAGAUUAAACUGUUUCAGAAAUGCAGCUCUAAUAGUUGAUUGUUGUGUUGUUUUGAUCACUGUUCCUAAAGCUCUGUUGUAGACUCCUACAGACUUGACCUGUUUCAGGAAAGAAAAACUUCUGUUCUAGAGCAAUUCAGAAUUAACAUCAAAUGGAUCUGGAGACCUUUGAAUGCCUCUUGAUGUUGGAGGCAAAGUUUGUAGAUGGGACAGAUGGAAAUAGUCCCUGCCACUAACACAGCAACUAUUAUACAGUUGUAGGGGAAAACAAUGUAUUCUCUGAUGCUUUGAGAAUAUCACAUAGUGAUAUAAUAAAGGACUGUGGUAAUCAGCAACUUGUGAUGGGAAGCAGAAUUAGGAUUCCAGAUGUAGCUCUUAACACUGUUUCUUGACUGAAGCGUGUAACUAGUUGUCAUUUACAUAGUUUUCUGAUACAGAGAAGCCUGGAAAUGGCUAUGAAAGUGGAACGUUAAUAUCUGCUAUAGCCAGAAGAAGGAAUUGAACUACCUAUGUCAUCUUUGUGGUAGUGAUGUAGAGCUCAGGGAGGUUGGUACUUAUGGAAAGGGGUGCCAGAGAUCACUGGCAGCGUGUGUAAAUAUCUGUUAUGUCCUAAGCUGCACAAACAUGCAGCUGUAGAGGCAAACACAGAUUUAACAACAGCUUAGGUUGCACCACAGCUGCUAGGCCAUAUUUAAUUUUGCCAUUAAGAUAGAAAUUGGACUUCUCUUUCUUGGUCUUAAGUUUAUCACUUUAGGAAGAUGCCCUUUGUGACCAGUUCUUCCAAAACAUAUGGGAUAGGAGGAGUAAUAUACAGUAUAAUUUCUCUAAUUUCUGUCUUUUUGUCAGAAAAUGAACCUUGGCUCCUGCUUGAGGCCUUCUUUUUCUGUGUCUUUUUCUUAUGAGGUAUCUUUCCAACAGCUGUUUUCCCAUGACAUUGGAUGUAAGAUCCAAUUAUCUUUUAAAGUUACUGAUGUUUAUUUUCUUCAGCGGUAUUUUUUUCACUUAGAAGCUAUGGGAGAAUUAUUUGGGGCUAAGUCAUAUUAAACGCUCAGUAUUUUAAUAGUGUCAAGCUGUAAGUGGCUUCCUCACCCCUUGUCUGAAGAGUUUAGUGGGAGGAGUGGGAGCUCUGAAGGCAACACUUAGAUAGGAGUAACUCUUGUUGUAAAAACAAAAAAAUCCAAGACUUACUGUUAGUGCCCUGUAUGCAACCUUCUUUGUAAGGCAUGGGAAAACAGGGCCUUCAUUCCUUUCCUUUAAAGAAUCUUCUAGAAGACCCGAGAAAAGUUGAGCAUCUCAGAAAUGCUCUUUUAAGGACAGAUCAAGGCAUGCUUUGUGCUCCUACUGAUUCUGAAUGAUGUUCUUAGUUAGCACCUUGCAGAUCAGAGCUCUGCUAGAGUGCAAUUUCUCCUCCUGGUUUUUACCACCUUACUAAUGAAUGUUUGCUGUAUGUACUGUUAGGACUUUGCAGACAGUCAGCGUUCAUCCAAAUACUGAUCCUUUCAUUAGGCUUCCUGUUGUGCAGGUUAAUUGAAUUGCUGUCCGUACCUGACCGUAGCUGCCUGGGUCGUGGUGUUUUUCAUAGCGCUGUCACUGAGAUGCAGAAGGUGGAUGCUGGCUGCCACUGGCAGUACUGCAUGAUGUUUCAAAGUUUGGUACUGAGUUUCUGUAAGAGAACUCCCUGCUGUAACAAUAACAGACACCUGCCUGACCAGCUGGCAUUUUUCAAGUUCCUUGCUUUUGUCAGUUGUGUGAGCUUGGCUUCUGCUAACGUGAGCUUUCUGCCACUUUCCACUGAAAAUAUCUAGUCUUGAAGGUCUUUCCUCUUUUAUUUGUUUACUUCAUAUGUAGCCUGCACAUUCCUGUGCUCUAAGGGAAUAGGAAUGCUGUAUAGUGGAGCUGGAAAUUUUUUCCUAACUGUGGUUACACAAACACAGCAACUUUCAAGGUGCUGAGGUGGCAAUGAGUGAAAAACUGAACUAGAAGUUGGCAUGCACUAGAACAAAAGAUGUAUUUGUUCCAUCCAGUCUUUCCUUUUACACACAAAAAAGACUUAGCAUGAAGCCUUGUUGUUGGCUUUUUUUAAGUCUGCAUUGAUAGUCUGCUGCUUUCUCCAGCAGUCUUAAUUUUAUUCAUUUACUGACCACUUUUAGCAGCUGCUCCUGAACUGGGAAUUGAAUGCAGCCCACCACCACCACCACAAAAAAACAAACAAACAAAAAACCAAAACAAAACCAAAAAACAAAAAAACACACCCA